CCGGGCUUCCGCGCAUCACGCGCUUCCCGUGCGCCGCCACCAGUCAAAAUGAGCCUCAUCACGCUUCUCCUUUGCAAAUUCUGUUCAUUGAGCGCUUUUCACCUCCGUAUUAUUUGUGUUGUAAUUAUUUUGCUAUAAGCGAAUCGUAAAUAUGGAGUCACAUAGCGUUGUGCCCCGUGCGGUAUGUCACAGCCGGUGCGCCGAGGCCCCCAACGGUCUUACGGUUGGAGCUUGCUAACAUACUAUGGGGAUUUGACAGUGUCAUAAUUGCAGGGUCCGAAAGGUUAGUGUUUUCUCUUCCCUUCAGGUCCGCAGUGCAAGGCCCUUUCAGGCUAACCCAUCACUGGGCUACAGAUCCGAUGUAAUCGAGAAUGCCCCUGCUCAAACUGUCUUACCUCCAAUAUCUCAUGCCGGCCUGGAUCGCGAACCGCCGGAGGCACUACUGUAGUACCCUCCACUACUACAAGUAGUUCGUAAGUCUAGAACCUAGUCAAGUACAAGUCGAGAUGUCCGUCUCUAACACGGCCUGUCAUUGGACAGCAAUAAUUUCAGAAUCCUCCACGAGAGAUUGGUUCGACUAGAAAAUGCCUUGGAAAAUCUGUCAACUACCAGCCAACCCUCAACCACUGUUGCGACGUCUUCCACUGUCUCCCCUCCCCUCCAAAUAAGCGAAGCCGUGGACACGGUUGAUGUGCAAAAGCUAGCAUGGCUCGAUACACCGACAUGUGUAGAGAGAGAACCCUCAUUCGAACGGCAGACGUUCAUGGUCAGCCAAAUCCCCGAACUCUCCGUUUCAGGCGCUGCUACUUCACCUACUGUUGCAAGCGAGCUACAGACACUUACCAAGGCCGCCAGCAGUCAAAAUGAACCUAAGCCUCGCAUUGGGCGGACACUGGCGACGCCUUCAGUUCAAAUGCAGCGCAUUCCCGCUGACUUUGUGCUCCAAGUGAUUCGAGUACUCAACGCGUCGCCUUGUCUUUUAGUUCUUCUGCAUCCGCUUUUGGAUCUGGAACUGGUGAAAUCGCUAUGUCAAAGGUUGUACUUUCCUGUCGACGCUUUAUCUGUCAGUGAAAUGACCUUAUUCAACGGCAUGCUGUUUUUUGCGCUAUGGGAGUUGCAGGUUCGUGAUGACCAUGACCUUGAUGCGCAAACCAUUGCCUCCUAUAAAACCAUAAGCGAGGCCAAUUUUCGAACUGGCCUAGAGGUUGCGGAAAUCGCUGCUGUGGCUACCUACGAAAAUACGCUUACUCUCAGUUUCGCUGCCUAUUAUGCGCAGACAAGUGGUGAUCUUGCUCACCACAAAGCCUUCGUCACUGCUGCAGCUCGCCACUGCAUUCUGUUGGGCUACCAUCGCCACGAUAAAGGACAAUACUCGUCAGUCGACGUUGAAAAGUAUCGCCAACUAUUUUGGCACACAUAUGUCUCCGACCUCGGUCUGACCUUACGCAUUGGCUGCGCUCCAGCCAUUGAAGACUACACUGUCGAUGUGCCGCUGCCCGCCAUGUCGACUGAUCCUCAACAAAGCCCUUGGGACCAGUCACUGCGCGCUUUUAUAAAUUUCUCCCGCAUUCAAGCACGCAUAUAUAAAAAGAUAUACUCCCCUAGGGCGACACGAUUAUCGACGGUAGAUAGAAAGCGUAAAGUUGCCGAUUUGGCACUGGAACUAGAGCAGUGGUAUGCUGAGUGGGUGAACAUCGACUUUGCAAAAGCCUACUUUAGCGACAUCUACAGGGACCUAUUUAUGGCGGUAGAUGUCAUCUACUACUCUGUGCUUACUUUACUGCACCGUGGUAGCACGACCUCUAAUUUGCCUGCUGAUAUUUCCACCGAGUGCUUCGCCGCAGCAAGACAGGGAGUAUCUGCCCAUCUCCGUAUCUUUCCAAAAGUCUCUGCUGGAGGCCGAGACGCCGUCUACUACUAUGGAGUGUGGAUCCUGAUGUGCUCAUCUUUCACUCCGUAUGUAGUUACGUUUCUCCAUUGUGUGGUAAACGCAGAUCCCAAGAGCCUUCGUCUCUUGUUUAGUGUGCUUACAACACUCGAGGAGAUUGCCGCGUUUUACGAGCGUUCAAAGCGACAAUAUAGCCUUUGUAAAGCAUUAUAUCGUAUCGCCGAAGAAAUUGUCGAAGCACGAGAAAAUCACGAAAGUACCAAUAUAGCGCCGAGCAAUAAACGGGCAAACCUUCCUCUACAGCUGACAGCUACCGAAAGCUGGGAUCUCUUUGAUACAGUGAUAGGGGAUUGGGACGCGCAAUACGUAUAUAGCCAAUCCCUGACAUUGGGUGCAACUCUAGACUGAGAGAAUAACGAUACAUAUUAAUAAUAACAAGUAAUACAUUGCAUGGUGCCAUGAGCCACAGUAGACAAU